AUGAUUUUCUCUCAUUUCUCAAUCUCAUCAUUUUCUCUCUUUUCUCAUUAUUUUCUCAUUCUCGUCAUUUUCUCUUUUUUCUCAUUCUCGUCAUUUUCUCUCUUUUCUCAUCUCUUUUCUCAUUCCCAUCAUUUUCUCUCUUUUCUCAUUUUAUUCUCUUUCUCGUCAUUUUCUCUCUUUUCUCAUUCUCAUCAUUUUCUCUCUUUUCUCAUUUUAUUCUCAUUCUCGUCAUUUUCUCCCUUUUCUCAUUCUCAUCAUUUUCUCUCUUUUCUAAUUUCUUUUCUCAUUCUCAUCAUUUUCUCCCUUUUCCCAUUCUCAUCAUUUUCUCUCUUUUCUCAUUCUCAUCAUUUUCUCUCUUUUCUAAUUUCUUUUCUCAUUCUCAUCAUUUUCUCCCUUUUCUCAUUCUCGUCAUUUUUAUCUCUUUUCUCAUUCUUGUUAUUUUCUCUCGUUUGUCAUUCUCGUCAUUUUCUCUAUUUUCUCAUUUUUCUCAUUCUCAUCAUUUUCUCUUUUUUCUCAUUUUUCUCUCAUUCUCGUCAUUUUCUCUUUUUUCAUUCUCAUCAUUUUCUCUCUUUUCUCAUUCUCGUCAUUUCCGUUCUUUUCUCAUUUUUUUCUUUUCUCAUUCUUAUUUUCUUUCAUUAUUCUCAUAAUUUUCUCUCUUUUCUCAUUCUCAUGAUUUUCUCUCUUUUCUCAUUCUCAACAUUUUCUCUCUUUUCUCAUUUUCAACAUUUUAAUUAUUCUCAUCAUUUACUUACUUUCAUGAUUGUCAUUAUUGUCUUUUAUUCUCAUCAUUGUUUUUCUCAUUUUCUCAUUUUCUCAUUUUACUCAUUCUCAUCAUUAUCUUUCGUUUCUUACUUUCAUCAUUGUCUUUAUUUUCAUCAUUCUCAUCAUUCUCUUUCUUUUAUAACUCUCAUCAGUGUCUUUUUUCAUUCUUAUCAUUUUCUUUCUUUUCUCAUUCUCCUCAUUUUCUUUCUAUUCCCACUCUCAUCAUUUUCUUUGCCACAUCAUUCUCAACAUUUUCUUCCUUUUAUCAUAAUGUUAGUUUGCUUUUGUCUGUUAUCUUUUUCCCCAGAGUUAUUCUUCUUUUAUUAUAAUUUUACAUUUUUUAUCUAA